AUGUCCCAAGAAGUCGACUACGUAGCACUCGUCGCAGCGCAGCGAGCCCAAUUGGCCGCCAAGGAGAAGUACCUUGAGAGCCUCAAGAAGAUGGCAGAGGUUGAUAGGGAAAUCUCCCGAUUUACCAACCGCGCGCCACCCUCCCUCAGGCCAAGACGCCGGCCAUUCCCCGUCUCGGGGGCAAUGAAGGCCCCCAAGGCGCCCACUAAAGGUGCGCGUAUGGCGCCGGGGAAGAAUGCGGUCCGACAAGAGUCCUUUCCUGACACACUGUUGCUUCUGGAGGAAUAUAUAUACCAUCGCCAUCCAAUAUCACCCAUCAUCCCCCCAUCCACAACGCAACCCGAUACAGUCAGCGCUAUCAAUUCUCUCGAAGAAUUUACUCACCUCGUGAGUCCCUCUCUCCCCUCUUGCACACUCGGCGCUCAUUCUUCCCACAAGAUCAACGGCUCUGACGUCGUCGUCAUCGAUUUCUGGGCGCCUUGA